UACAAACUGACCCCUAACCUGCUGUCGUAACGCGUCCCUGGCAAACCUCACGUUUUCCCACUGUGACCUCGGACUGUCGUUGAACAGAUGCACGCCUCCUAGCAUUUAGCUUCGAUGAAAACCUGGUGGAAGUCAUCCGAAACACACUGAACGGACUGUCGGCUUCACGGUGUUUUCUAGCGACUUUUCCCCGCCGUGCGCAAAGCUGAUCCAGGCCGACAGAGAGGAGCGGGCUAGCAGGAGACAUGGCCGCGAUCGAGGAGCUUUCCCCCGCUGCGGGCCCGGUGUCCACCCGGCCCCCCGAGGACGAGAUUGACGACGACGAAGAUGAAGAUCUGGACGAGACACUGAUGGAGAGGUUGUGGGGCCUGACCGAGAUGUUCCCCAACACAGUUCGCACUGCUGCUGAAGUGUCUGCACUCUGCUCUGUCUCACUGGCCAAGAAGUUUUACAGUUUUUCCCGCUCGGCGCUCUGGGUCGGUACUACCUCCUUCAUGAUCUUGGUGCUGCCUGUUGUGUUCGAGACAGAAAGACUACAGCUGGAGCAGCAGCAGAUACAACAGCAGAGACAGAUCCUGUUGGGGCCCAACACUGGAAUGUCUGGCGGGAUGCCGGGCAUGAUGCCUCCUGCACCUGGCAAGAUGUGAGACACGGAAAGGGGCUGACAUGAACCUGAGAUCUGCUGCUCAGCGAUACAGCUGGGGGAGGCCGGUCGCAAGGAGAGACAGAGAGACUGUGGAGAAGGGCAAAGAACUGCAGUUUAGAGAAAAGAGAAGCAAAAGCUGGAUGUCAGCAGCAUGAAAGUCACACUCCAAACAUAUUGGAUUGGAAGGAGGAUGUGAUGCGUUUCUGACACUUCUCUCUCACUGUCUCUCCUUACUCCAACAUCAUGCAGAGACUUAUUUCCAGGAGCACUGCUUCUGUUUUCUUUUUCAUUUUUUAAAUAAAUCAACAUGAAUAAUUUGUUAUUUAGGGGAUAGCAGGUAUAAGUGGAUAAAUUGAAAGCAAAAAGGUUACCAACCAUAUGUCUCGGUGUUUGCAGCCUGAAGAACAUGUAUGCUAUACUUACAGUAUUUUAGCAGUUUUGUUCAUCGUCAUCUAACGGGACAGGUCUGAUGCAUUGUGAACCACACUGUAAACGCUAUUAAUAGACACGUGGUCUACAGGAUGGCCUCUUGAAGUUCGACAAGAUAAAUAUCACUCUUUUCUAUGUGGCCCAUUCCUAUGUGUACAUUUGUCACAUGUCACAGUUCAAAUGUAGACUAUCUACAGUGUGUAUGGAGGAGUGCAAUGUCUCUCACUUCAGUUAUUGGAUUGAUUGCAUUGCUCUAAUUUUAAGCAACAGAUUGUAUAAUGCAGCAACACCAGAUUCCAUGGUGUUAAAUUAUUCAAAGAUUGUUGGGUCCUUUUCUCUUGAUAGUGUGUGUGAAGAGUGAAAUUAUAUUGUCAUUGAAGACGGGACACAUGUCAUAUGGUUUUGGACAAAUAUCAUAGUGGUUGAAGGAAAACGUAUGCUAAAUAUUUCAAUAUCGUUCUGACAUGUCCAGUCUGCGUUAUGUUAUUUUCUGUUCUCUUUUGACAUCCAUGUGAAUUUACAAUCUCUCUCCUCUUUUCAGUAAGCAAACACAUGUCUCUGUUUUCUGUUCAACAUGAUUGCAGUAAUUAAAACACCAAAUCAAAAGGAAA